AUGGAUGUAAUUGGACUCAUAGAGCCUCCUAUAUCAAAUGGACAUCGUUUCAUCCUUUUGGCUAUUGAUUAUUUCACAAAAUGGGUUGAAUCUUCUAUAUACAAGGUAGUGACUAAGAAAGUAGUGGCAGACUUUGUUCGCAAUAAUAUCCUUUGUCAGUUUGGGAUUCCAGAAUCAAUCAUAACAGAUAAUGUGGCCAAUCUCAACAGCGAUCUUAUAAAGGAAAUUUGUGAGCGGUUUAAGAUUGCUCAUCAAAAUUCCAUAACUUAUCAGCCACAGAUGAAUGGAGCAGUUGAAGCAGCAAACAAGAAUAUCAAAAAGAUUUUAAGAAAGAUAGUGGAUAGUCACAGACAGUGGCACGAGAAGUUACCAUAUGCUCUGCUUGGUUAUCGUACCACCAUCAUAGCUUCCACUAGAGCAACUCCUUAUGUUGGUUUAUGGUUCAAAAGCAAUAAUACCUGCUGA